AUGUCGACUGAGGGUGAACUACAUCCCAAAGGUGCCGACACCGGCACGUCCUAUGCCAUCACCCAACAUGAAGAAAACGCCCCGGUCGUCGCGGCCGAGCAGCUGCCGAUCCACCUGGCGGAACACGUGGUGUACGGCCCAAGCAGCAUGCGCGGGCUCGUCGGCUCGUCGUUCGUCUUUGGCGCGGCCUUCCUCGCCUCCCUGGGCGGCUUCUCGUUUGGCUACGACCAGGGCGUGAUCUCCAUCAUCAACGUCAUGCCUCAGUUCCACGACGUGUUUUCCCAGACCAACACCGCGUUCGGCAAGAGCUUCAUGACGGCCAUGUUGCAGCUGGGCUGCUUCGUCGGGUGCCUGUUCUUCCCCUCGCUCGCGGACCGGAUCUCGCGCAAGUGGGCGCUGACCGUCGUCGUGGUCAUUUUCAACAUCGGGGCCAUCAUGCAGACGUCAGCGCGGAGCUACGGCGUGCUCGUCGCCGGGCGAGCGAUUGGAGGUAUCGGCGUGGGGACACUGGCGAUGGGUGCACCGCUCUACAUCUCCGAGGUAUCACCCCCGAAUCUGCGCGGCACACUCCUCGUCCUCGAAUCCAUCUCGAUCGUCUCGGGCGUCGUGAUCGCCUUCUGGAUCACCUACGGCACGAAGUCCCUGGCGGGCGAAAUCGCGUUCCGACUGCCCCUGGGGUUGCAGAUGGUGUCGGCCACGCUCCUGGGCGUGGGCAUCCACUUUUUCCCCUACUCGCCUCGGUGGCUGGCGCUGGUCAACCGCCCCAGCCAGUGCCUCGAGAGCCUGGCGAAGCUCCGCCGGCUGCCCCAGGACGACAGCCGGGUCCAAACCGAAUACCGCGGCAUCCUGGCCGAGGUCGAGUUCCAGCACAUCCUACAGGAGAAGAAGCACCCGGGCGCCCGCGGGGUCAAGCUGGAGAUCCUGACCUGGAUGGACCUCUUUACCAAGAAGAUGUGGCGCCGGGUCGCCGUCGGCGCGGGCGUGUGCUUUUUCCAGCAGUUCUCCGGCAUCAACGCCUUCAUCUACUACGCGCCCACGCUGUUCGAGUCCAUCGGCCAGUCUGCCGAGAUGGCCCUGAUCCUCUCUGGCGUCUUCAACAUCCUGCAACUCGUUGCCGUGUUCAUUUGCUUCAGCAUCAUCGAUCUGGUCGGCCGUCGCCCUCUGGCCAUCAUUGGGGGCUUUGGCAGUGCAGCCUGCUAUAUCAUCAUCGCCAUCCUCUCCGGACUGUACGAAAAGGAUUGGGCCGCCCACAAGGCCGCCGGGUGGGGGUGUGUGGCCAUGGCAUUCGCCUUCAUCCUCGUCUAUGGUGUCUCGUACUCGCCCCUGGGCUGGACGCUGCCGCCCGAAGUGUUUCCGACGUCGUGUCGUUCCAAGGGAGUCGCCUUAGCCGUGGCGGUCAACUGGCUCGCGAACUUCACCGUCGGCAUCGCCACCCCUCCCAUGCUGCAGUCCAUCCGGUACGGGACGUACAUCUUCUUCGCGUCUUUCUGCUUCCUGGCCGGUAUCUGGGCCUAUUUCCUCGUCCCCGAAACCAUGGGCAAGACGCUGGAGGAGAUGGACGAGGCAUUUGGUGACCACGCGGCCGGCGAGGAGGUCGAGGUCCUGCAAACCUCCGUCUUGCAUGCGCAGAUGCGCGGCUCCAUCGUCGACAAGGAGGUGUAAAUUCCAUCCCGCGCCCGUCCUGUGCAGAUUUGAGGGUGCAAGACGGUGGCCUGUGACGUGGUCUUGCUGGAGCUGUUGUGCACC